UUCAGUUACAUUUCUUCGCUGCGGUCGUGUAUAUUUUAUAAAUUCUGUAAGGUUGCGUGGUUCUCAAGUAGAUCAGUGGAUCUGUGCCGGGUCGGGUGAAUGUAGUGAACCAGGAAAAAAGAAGCGAAAAUAACAGCGCAGACAGCGUAUAACCGUGUGGGUUUCCUAUUAAGAAAGUGAAGUUCACUAAUUGGUUCAUUCUUUUGGAAUAAUUAAUGUUCUAGACCCCAAUGACGAGUGCAUUUCUGGGGUAUUAGUUACAAGUUUGGAAGUGCUCGCAAUCGACAACGGAGGGUCCCGCUGUGAAGUAGUUGAAAUUGGAGCGGAACAAACAGUAAUUGGGACCUAUUUUCUGGUCAGUGAAGUGGUUCAAUCCUUUCGAUAAAAAUACGAAAAACAGACCUUAUCGCUGAAAAUGAAUACUGUGAUAGUUGCAUUAUUAUGCAUACUCAGCCUCCGUAUAUGUUACUCUGAAAAUGUGGUCCUGACUCAGGGACGUAGUUUCACCAUCGACUAUGAUUCGGAUACCUUCCUGAAGGAUGGGAAACCUUUCCGUUACGUUGCAGGAUCCUUCCAUUAUUUUCGGGCUUUGCCUGAAACGUGGCAACGAAAACUUCGAACAUUGCGUGCAUCCGGAUUGAAUGCAGUAUCCACAUAUGUCGAAUGGUCGCUCCAUAACCCUAAGGAAAAUGUUUACCGCUGGGACGGAAUCACUGAUAUUGUACGAUUCAUAGAGCUUGCUCAGCAAGAGGAUCUGCUGGUAAUCUUGCGUCCAGGACCAUACAUUUGUGCUGAACGAGAUAUGGGAGGCUUUCCAUACUGGUUGUUACGAAAAUAUCCUGGAAUUCAACUGAGAACUUAUGAUCUUAACUACAUGCGAGAAGUCCAGACAUGGUACAAUAUAUUUCUACCAAAAAUUGCGCCACUUCUUUAUGGUAAUGGUGGACCAAUUAUAAUGGUUCAGAUUGAGAAUGAGUACGGAUCAUAUUUCACUUGCAACCGUAAAUAUAUGGAAUGGCUUCGGGACCUAACAGCACAUCAUGUAGGAGGCAACGCGAUCCUGUAUACGACCGAUGGACCCUCGUAUGUGGGUUGUGGUCACGUUGAAGGAGCCUUGGCUACAAUCGAUUUCGGGGCAAGGACUGAUGUCAAAGCUGCCUGGUCAAAGUUGAAACACUACCAGCCAAAAGGUCCACUAGUCAAUUCAGAAUUCUACCCCGGGUGGUUAACCCACUGGCAGGAGAAUAUGCAACGGGUAAACACCGACGCUAUUGUGAAGACAUUGAUUGAAAUGUUGGACGCAGGAGCGAACGUUAACUUUUAUAUGUUCUUCGGUGGUACGAAUUUCGGAUUUACAGCUGGAGCAAAUGAUGGUGUACUGGGUGAUUUUACCGCUGAUGUUACCUCUUACGAUUAUGAUGCCCCUAUGGAUGAAGCAGGUGACCCCACGCAAAAAUACCUGGCAAUACGAGAUGCUGUUAGUCGGUAUCUCCCAUUACCAAACGUAUCGGUUCCUUUACCAACACACAAGGAGAGCUACGGAAUUGUUAAGAUGACUGCAGCUGGAUGUAUGCUUUCACACGAUGGUCGCAAAUAUCUAUCGGAUAAGGUUGUAAAUUCUAUGAGACCUCUAUCCUUCGAAGCUCUCGACCAAUACUCCGGGCUGGUACUUUACGAGGCGGAUCUGCCAAGAUUGAGGAAGGAUCCAAGUGUACUCAAAAUUGACGAGAUUCACGAUCGAGCGUAUGUUUACUUAGAUCGGGAAUUCAUUGGCGUCCUGUCACGGCAAAGUAUGGUUCACCUGUUACCAAUUACCGCAGGUUCUGGCUCGAAGCUACAAAUCCUAGUGGAAAAUCAAGGCCGUAUCAAUUUCCAUGUGCUCAAUGAUUCUAAAGGCAUUCUCAGUGAUGUAAUCCUGGACUUAAGUGCAUACCCCCAACCUGUUAUUUUGCGGAACUGGACCAUAACCUCGUAUUCUUUAGACGAUCCAACCAAACUAAAGAAUUUCAUUGAAAGACCAUCACCAAGUAGUGGAAAACUGCGACAUCAUCGCAACCGUGAACUAUUACGAACUGGUCCAAUAGUUUUCCAUGGCCUAUUUACCAUUAGUGCAAAUCAAACAUAUGACACCUACCUAGAUCCCACAGGAUGGGGAAAAGGAAUAGCAUUUAUUAACGGUUUUAAUCUGGGACGAUAUUGGCCGGUUGUUGGACCGCAAAUUACAUUAUAUGUUCCUAAGGAAAUACUUAAAAUUGGAGAGAAUGAAAUUAUCCUACUUGAAUAUCAAAAAGCCCCUGAAUCAGGGGAAAUUCGAUUCACGAAUGUUCCUAAUUUAGAUGGUAUGUGGAUGGGAUAAUGUAUGUAGUCAAUGACCAAAUGUAAUAUUUCUGUAUUUUAAAAUAAAGUGUAACAAUAAUUGCUAGCC